AUAUUUUUAUGUCUCUGAAACUUGUUAGUUGAUCUUUCUCUGCCGGUAAUCCCACCGAGUUUCCCUUGGAGAAUUCUGUAUCAGAAACACCAUAGGCGGUACUGCGUCCAGACUCCAACUCAUUAGUUAACUACGCAUAAUCCCGAUCUCUUGCAUCUCUAAGAUCGUUUAUUUAUGAGCAAGCCACGUAACCCAUAUGCAUAUACAUGUUUUGACUUGUGGGUUUGUACAGGUUAUGGAUAUAGCUGCUUCUGCUUCUGCUGGUGGCGGCGGUGGACCUGGUGGUGGUGCUGAUGUCCACCCUUCUCGAGAAAAGUAUGAUGUGUUUAUUAGUUUCAGAGGUGAGGACACCCGCAAUACUUUUACUAGCCAUCUUCACGGUGCCUUACUCCAGAAGAAAAUUGAAACCUACAUAGAUUACAGACUUGUGAGAGGGAGUGAAAUUGCACCUGCCCUUCUAGAAGCGAUCGAGAAAUCUACGCUUUCCUUGGUCAUUUUCUCACAAAACUAUGCAUCUUCCACCUGGUGCUUGGAUGAACUUGCGCACAUACUAAACUGCAGGGAGACAGUUGAUCAGAUGGUCAUACCUAUUUUUUACGACAUCAGUCCAUCAGAUGUACGAAAACAACAGGGGACUUAUGCAGAUGCAUUUGCUCAACUUGAAAUCCGUUUCAAGGACAGUAUCGACAAGGUGCACAAGUGGAGGGCUGCUUUGGUGACAGUAGCUAAUCUAUCUGGCUUCGAUUAUUCAAACAAAACUGGGACGGAGGCCGAUUUAGUUAAGAACGUUGUCGACGAAAUUUGGGGCAAAUUGAAUCAAAAAUCGUCAAGCAAUUUAAAGGGCCUGGUUGGAAUGGAAAGACGCAUUGACCAAGUUGAGUCAACAUUAUGCAUUGAUUCCCUUGAUGUAUACGCUGUAGGUAUUUGGGGCAUGGGUGGGAUUGGCAAGACCACCCUUGCUGAUGCUGUGUUUCACCGAUUCUCUUCUAAAUUUGAAGCUUCUUGUUUUCUUAAAAAUGUCAGGGAGAUAUCUGAACAAACAGGUGGACUGGAUCGCUUGCGAAACACACUUGUUAGUGAGAUAUUAAAGGAAAAAGAUGUAAAUAUUGGCACUCUGACUAUAGGAUCAUAUCGUGUUAGGAAGAGAAUGGGAGGUACGAAGGUCCUCAUUGUUCUUGAUGAUAUAAAUGAUUCAAACCAAUUAAAUUUUCUAGCCGGAGAUCCUACUCUAUUUGGCCCUGGAAGUAGAAUCAUUAUAACAACUAGAGAUAAGAGCCUACUUCAGAAACUUGUUGAUCAUAAUAAGAUAUGCAAGGUUCAGGAAUUAAAUUCUGAUGAAGCUCUUCAACUCUUUCGUUUGUGUGCUUUCGGAAAUAACAUUUCUAGAGUCGAUUGUACAGAGUUGUCAAAAGUUGUGGUUGAUUAUUGUGGGGGCAUUCCGUUAGCUCUUCAAAUUUUGGGUUCCUCAUUCCUUCACUGUGAGAGCAAAGAAGAUUGGCUGGAUGAAUGGAAAGAAUUUCCAAGAGAAAAGAUCUGGAAAGUGUUCAGAUCAAGUUAUGAUGGAUUAAAAGAAAUUGAGAAGGAGAUAUUUCUUGAUAUAGCAUGUUUCUAUCAAGGGAAAGAUGUGGACAUUGUAAAAGAAAUGCUAGAUAUAUGUGGUUUUCGUGCAGCAGGAAUCGAAGUUCUGAGUGAUAAGUCUCUCAUAUCAAUUUCAACAAAUAACUGCUUGGAGAUGCAUAACUUGCUACAAGAAAUGGGUAGGGCAAUUGUUCACGAACAAUGUAUUGAAGAGCCUAUAAAAUGCAAUAGAUUAUUCUUUGAUGAGGAUGUCAAUCGGGAUUUGAAAACUAACACGGGAAGUGCAACGGUACAAGCCAUAUUCUUUAACAGGUCUAAGAUUACAGGGAUACUCUUGAAUCAUGCAGACUUCGAAAAGAUGUAUGAUCUAAGAUUGCUAUACGUUUAUAAUUCUAGCUGUAACAAGUACUGCAAAGUAAAAGUUUCUCUUCCCCAUUCUCUUACUUAUCUUGGCUGGGAGGGUUACCCUUUCAAAUCUUUGCCAUCAAAACUUUGUCCGGAAAAUCUUGUUGAGCUUCAAAUGCGCAACAGUCAAGUUGAGCAACUUUGGAAUGAGGGCCAGAAUCUUAAGAACUUAAAAGUGAUGGAUCUUCGUUUGUCCGAGCAUCUGAUUAAAGUUCCAGAUCUCUCUCAAAGUCCAAACAUUGAGCAUAUAGAUCUUUACGGGUGUAAAAGUCUGGUUGAAAUUCCUUCUUAUUUUCCAUGUCUCGACAAGCUUAGUUACCUUAACCUGACAGACUGCACAAAACUCAAAUAUCUUUCGGAGAUGCCAAGCAGUAUUGAAUACUUAUAUUUGGAUAGCACUGCAAUAGAGGAAUUGCCUUCAUCAGUUUGGUCUUUUGAAAAAAUUCGGUGCUUGGAGCUUCCCAAUAACAUACCAAUAUUGGACUUGAGUGGGAAUGCGACUAAUUGCAAAAUUCUUGUGAGUCUCCUAGAGAGCAUUUGCAAAUUAAAGUCUCUUAAGAGCCUUGAUCUGAGUGGAACCACAAUUAGAAGCCUACCUGCAAGCAUUGGUAACUUAGAAUCUCUUGAGAAACUUGAUUUGAGUGGAACUGCAAUUAGAAGCCUACCUGCAAGCAUUGGUAAUUUGGAAUCUCUUGAGAAACUUGAUCUUAGUGGAACUGCAGUUAAAAGCCUACCUGCGAGUAUUGGUAAUUUGGAAUCACUUGAGAAACUUGAUCUGAGUGGAACCACAAUUAAAAGCCUACCUGCAAGCAUUGGUAAUUUGAAAUCUCUUGUGAAACUUUAUCUGAGUGGAACUGCAAUUGAAGGGCUACCUGCAAGCAUUGGUAAUUUGAAAUCUCUUAAGAAACUUGAUCUGAGUGAAACCGCAAUUGAAAGUCUACCUGCAAGCAUUGGUAAUUUGGAAUCUCUUGAGAACCUUGAUUUGAGUGGAACCGCAAUUAAAAGCCUACAUGCAAGCAUUGGUAAAUUGCAAUAUCUUCAGAAAUUUUAUCUGAGUGGAACCGCAAUGGAAAGCCUACCUGCAAGCAUUGGUAAUUUGAAAUGUCUGGAUAAACUUGAUCUGAGUGGAACCGCAAUUAAAAGCCUACCUGCAAGCAUUGGUAGUUUGAGAUCUCUUGAGAAACUUGAUCUGAGUGGAACUGCAAUUGAAAGCCUACCUUCAAGUAUUGGUAGUUUGAAAUCUCUUGAGAACCUUGAUUUGAGUGGAACCGCAAUUGAAAGCCUACCUGCAAGCUUUGACAAUUUGAAUUCUCUUGUGAAACUUGAUCUGAGUGGAACCGCGUUUAAAAGCUUACCUGCAAGCAUUGGUAAUCUGAAAUCUCUUGAGAAACUUGAUCUGAGUGGAACCGCAAUUGAAAGCCUACCUGCAAGCAUUGGUAAUUUGAAAUCUCUUGAGAAACUUGAUCUGAGUGGAACCGCUGUUGAAAGCCUACCUGCAAGCAUUGGUAAUUUGGAAUCUCUUGAGAAACUUGACCUAAGUGGAACAGCAAUUAAAAGCCUACCUGCAAGCAUUGGUAAUUUGGAAUGUCUUGAGAAACUUGAUCUGAGUGGAACCGCAAUUGAAAGCCUACCUGCAAGCAUUGGUAAUUUGGAAUCUCUUAAGAAACUUGAUCUGAGUGGAACUGCAAUUGAAAGCCUACCUGCAAGAAUUGGUAAUUUGAAAUCUCUUGAGAAACUUGAUCUGAGUGGAACCGCAAUUAAAACCCUACCUGCACGCAUUGGUAAUUUGAAAUCCCUUGAGAAACUUGAUCUGAGUGGAACUGCAAUCAAGUGCCUACCUGCAAGCAUCAAGGAAGCUUCUCGGCUGAUUUCGCUGUGGUUAACCAAUUGCAGGAGCCUUGAAUCUUUACCAGAGCUCCCAGGGGUACGUUGGCUUGAAGCACAUGGAUGCACAUCACUCAACAAAGUGCUGAGCUCAAAGACUGCACUUUCACUAGGUUGGGAUGAAUAUAAACAUUCUCAAGGGCUUCAAGAGCAACUUACAUUUUCAAAUUGCAUAGGAAUGGGAGGGGAUGCUUGGCAUGAUAUAUUGACUGAUUCGCAGAUAAGAAUUAUGCGAAUGGCAACUGCGUUAUCAAAGUAUUUUACACAAGAAGAAAUUGAAGUGGCAUUUCAUCUUGAAUUUGAAGAAGAAAGUAAUGAAUAUGUUUUUAGAUCUCCAGUUUGCAUUGUAUGUCCGGGAAGUACAAUUCCAAGUUGGUUUCCAAACGAAGCUGAUAAUUCUGCACUAGCAAUCAACCUUGGUUCAAACUUCUUUAACACUAGUUUUUUGGGUUUUGCUUAUUCUGUUGUUGUUGCAUUCGAGAAUUAUAAUGUUGGAGGGAGUUUGAGUCUUGGGUGUAAAAUCAAUUUCAAAGGCUGUGGUGAUCCUUUUAUCUAUCAUCGGAGUUGCAUGGUUGCCGAAUAUGGGGAAAUCAAUGACUGCAAGUUUGAUACGCCUCACGUGUUUGUCUGGUUUAGUAGCUUUGACCAUGUAAAGCAAGGAAGCUACAAUGGCGUUACCGAGGCCAUAUUUGACUUCUACCCAAUAAUAGAGGAUCGUCCUGAUGACGGAGCCGUUGAUUGUUCCAAUAUUAAGGUGACAAAGUGUGGGAUCUUCCCAAUGUAUGCUCCAAAUGAUUCUGCAUUGAAAUAAAAAUGAAACAGGUGAGGGAGCUAAACAGGACUGAGGUUGAUUUCAUUGAGAACGUUGUUGAAUCGCACGUCAUGCAUCAAGUAAUUUAGAGGGCCUUUGUUUGAUUUAAUGAAAGCCGAAGUGAGCAAAUGUAGGCAUUUUGGGGCAGGCAAGUCUAGUUUGCUGCUCUGUUUUUAGCUGAAUGUUGUUGCUAGAGAGUCUUUCUCUGGCGACCAAAGAGAUAUUUUUCCUUUUAAUUAUGCUUGCUUAUGUUCA